UGUCUGUCUCGCCGCUCUCUUCUGGCUGGCUGGUAGAAUGGCAUGGCAAGGCCUAGCCCUGGAGAAGGAGCAACUGUGAACCCACAAAGCAAAUGGACAUCAAAGGCCAAUACUGGACUGAUGAUGAUUCUGAUGGAGACAAUGAGUCGGAAGAAUUCCUGUACGGAGUACAGGGGACCUGUGCGGCGGACCUGUAUCGCCACCCACAGUUGGACGCAGACAUCGAGGCGGUGAAGGAGCUGUACAGCGAGAAUUCCGUGUCAGUCCGAGAAUAUGGGACCAUUGACGACGUGGAUAUUGACCUGCAUAUCAAUAUCGGCUUUCUAGAUGAGGAGGUGGCGACAGCCUGGAAGGUCCUUCGGACCGAGCCCAUUGUCCUCCGGCUGCGGUUCUCCCUUUCCCAGUACCUGGAUGGCCCCGAACCGUCCAUCGAAGUUUUCCAGCCGUCCAACAAGGAAGGGUUUGGACUGGGCCUACAGCUGAAGAAGAUCCUGGGCAUGUUCACAUCCCAGCAAUGGAAACACCUCAGCAACGAUUUCCUCAAGACCCAGCAGGAGAAGCGGCACAGCUGGUUCAAGGCCAGCGGCACCAUCAAGAAGUUCCGGGCUGGCCUCAGUAUCUUCUCGCCCAUCCCCAAGUCUCCCAGCUUCCCCGUCAUCCAGGACUCCAUGCUGAAGGGCAAGCUCGGCGUGCCGGAGUUGCGGGUCAACCGUCUCGUGAACCGCUCCAUUUCCUGCACCAUGAAGAACCCCAAGGUGGAGGUGUUCGGCUACCCCCCCAGCACCCAGGCAGGUGUCGCCCCAUUCAACAUCCUGGUUGGCGGCCACUGCAAAAACAUUCCGACCUUGGAAUACGGCUUUCUGGUCCAGAUCAUGAAGUACGCGGAGCAGAGGAUCCCGACCCUGAACGAGUACUGCGUGGUGUGCGACGAACAGCAUGUCUUCCAGAACGGGUCCAUGCUGAAGCCGGCUGUGUGCACGAGAGAGCUCUGCGUCUUCUCCUUCUACACUCUGGGUGUGAUGUCCGGUGCGGCGGAGGAAGUGGCCACGGGAGCAGAGGUAGUGGACCUCCUAGUGGCCAUGUGCAGAGCGGCCUUGGAGUCUCCGCGCAAGAGCAUCAUCUUCGAGCCUUACCCCUCCGUUGUGGAUCCCAGUGAUCCCAAGACCCUUGCCUUCAACCCCAAGAAGAAGAACUACGAGCGAUUGCAGAAAGCCCUGGACAGCGUCAUGUCAAUCCGUGAAAUGACCCAAGGUUCCUACCUGGAGAUCAAGAAGCAAAUGGACAAGUUGGAUCCUCUGGCCCACCCUCUCCUUCAGUGGAUAAUCUCCAGCAACAGAUCCCACAUUGUCAAGCUACCUCUCAGCAGGCUGAAAUUUAUGCACACCUCACACCAGUUCCUCCUGCUGAGCAGCCCUCCCGCCAAGGAGGCCCGCUUCCGAACAGCCAAGAAGCUGUAUGGCAGCACCUUCGCCUUCCAUGGCUCUCACAUUGAGAACUGGCACUCCAUCCUGCGCAACGGGCUGGUCAACGCGUCCUACACCAAAUUGCAGCUGCACGGAGCAGCCUAUGGCAAAGGGAUCUAUUUGAGCCCCAUCUCCAGUAUUUCCUUUGGAUAUUCAGGGAUGGGGAAGGGACAGCAUCGGAUGCCCUCGAAGGACGAGCUGGUGCAGAGGUACAACCGGAUGAACACCAUCCCACAGACGCGAUCCAUCCAGUCCAGGUUCCUGCAGAGUCGCAAUUUAAACUGCAUCGCACUUUGUGAAGUGAUCACGUCGAAGGAUCUCCAGAAACACGGCAACAUCUGGGUCUGCCCGGUGUCUGACCAUGUCUGCACUCGCUUUUUCUUUGUGUAUGAGGAUGGCCAAGUCGGAGAUGCCAACAUCAAUACUCAGGACCCCAAAAUCCAAAAGGAGAUCAUGCGUGUGAUUGGCACUCAGGUCUAUACAAACUGAGGGGGGAAACUGAGCACCCCUUUCCUUCAGCAUGUGCCAGCGCUGCCCCUGCCUCCACAUGGGCAGAAUGGAUGCCAGGCGUUGGAGGCUACCGGAGAAGCGAUGAUCAC